GUCCCAGAAGGCGCCGGGCCAUUCACAAAGCGCAGCGCUUCUCACGCAUGCGCAGUCAGCAGUCUCUGGUCAUUCCCUGCACUGUCUGCAGUCUCUGGUCAUUCCCUGCACUGUCUGCAGUCUCUGGUCAUUCCCUGCACUGUCUGCAGUCUCUGGUCAUUCCCUGCACUGUCUGCCGUCUCUGGUCAUCCCCUGCACUGUGUCCGCAGUCUCUGGUCAUCCCCUGCACUGUGUCCGCAGUCUCUGACCAUCUCCUGUACUAUGUCUGCAGUCUCUGGUCAUCCCCAGUACUGUGUCCGCAGUCUCUGACCAUCUCCUGUACUAUGUCCGCAGUCUCUGGUCAUCUCCUGCACUGUGUCCGCAGUCUCUGGUCAACUCCUGCACUGUGUCCGCAGUCUCUGGUCAUCCCCUGCACUGUGUCCGCAGUCUCUGACCAUCUCCUGUACUAUGUCUGCAGUCUCUGGUCAUCCCCUGCACUGUGUCCAGUCUCUGGUCAUCUCCUGCACUGUGUCCGCAGU